GGAAGCAAGCAUCAGAAAUGCAAUGAAUUAGUUAAUGAAGCCACAUGUGAGGACACACAACUGUCAGAGCAGAAGUCAAGGAAUUUUCCUCAUCCAGGUGGUGAGGCAUCUCACUGCACUUCUGAAAAAUCCAACAGUAUGGAACAUACAAAUAAUGAUUUGCACUAUGAAUGUAUGAUUCCUUGUCAAGUUACUUCAGACUUAAAUAAAGACAAGACUAUUGCAUUUCUUCAAACAGAAUUGGACAUUCUCAGAGCAAGCCAUAAAAAGCUUCAAGAAAAACUGUCUAAAGAAGAUAAAGAACAGAGAGAACUAAAGCUUAAGUUGGAACUCUAUGAGAAAGCAACAGAAGCUCAAAUUGCCGAGAAGACAGCAGCUCUGGUUGAAGAGGUGUAUUUUGCACAGAGGGAACGUGAUGAAGCUAUUAUGUCUCGACUACAAAUAGCCAAUGAAGAGAGAGAUGAAGCAAUCGCACGAGCCAACCAUAUGGAAAUGUCUCUAAAAUUGCUAGAAAAUAUUAACCCUGAAGAAAAUGACAUGACAUUACAGGAAUUACUGAACAGAAUAAACAAUGCAGACACAGGGAUGGCUAUUGAGAAGAAUGGAGCUAUUAUUGUGGAUAGGAUCUACAAGACCAAGGCAUGUGAAAAGAGAAUAACUGCAGAAGAAAUGAACGCAGUGAUAGAAGAACGCGAUGCUGCUUUGUCUCAGUGCAAACGGCUGGAGCAGGAGCUUCAUCGUUUGAAAGAGCAGAACCAGACUUCAGCAAACAACAUGAGACAUCUGACUGCUGAAAACAAUCAAGAACGUGCUCUGAAGGCAAAGUUGUUAGCCAUGCAACAAGCCAGAGAAACUGCAGUUCAACAGUACAAAAAACUGGAGGAAGAAAUCCAGACACUUCGAGUUUAUUACAGUUUACACAAAUCUUUAUCCCAAGAAGAAAAUCUGAAGGAUCAGUUUAACCAUACCCUUACUACCUAUGAAGAAGCUUUAAAGAAUAGAGAGAACAUUGUUUCCAUCACUCAGCAACAAAAUGAGGAACUGGCUGCCCAACUGCAGCACGCCCUGGCAGACCGCGUGAACCUGGAAUCAGAGCUGCGGCUCGCCGUGGAGGCCUCCCAGGCGGCCGAUGACAAGGUUCAAAAGUUGGAGAGGCUGGUGGACGUCCUGCGGAAGAAGGUUGGAGCAGGGCCCGUGAGGACAGUGAUCUGACUGAAAGCGGCAGUCUGGGAAGCAGUCACAUCUGGUGACCAGGCUGAUUCAUUCAACGCUGUGUAAACACUAAAGCCUUAACUUAGCAAACAGUUGUUAGAAGUGGGACACUCCAACCACAUUCCAAGCUGAGAUAAAAUCAAAUCACAAAUGUUUAACCACUUUGUUGCUGACUUGGGUUAUUUAUCCAAAUGUAUUAACUGCGGACUUUUACCAAUGGAUAGCUAUAAAGUUGUAGUUUAUUUGUAACUAUUUUCUGCCUCACUAUAUUUAACAUAACGCUUUUUACUGAGAGACUAUUAUAGAAACAUUGUGAAGUUGGUCAGGAUUAUGUCUUCACAUAUGGCCCUUUCUAAAUCAAAAUGCAGCAAAGUAAAUAUUGUCUAAACCUUAAUCCACUGUGUUAGGUCAAAACUUCAAAUACACGCAUUUUUCAAUAUAGAGUUUAUUUCUUACCUGAUGAGAGUUUAUAGUCUUCCUUCAAUGCAUGCAUGUAAUCUUUGUUAGUAUUCAAGAAUAUUAAGUAUGGAUACUAAGAAUUAAAUGUAUAAUUUCUUUUAAUAAGAGUUUGGUACAUUAAAAUUAUCAUGAUUUUUGUUUCAAUAAAAACAAUACAGACUAUCUUCAAUGAAAAGAGGAUAUUGUUACUGUGUACUUGUAAAUUCAAUAUUUUCAAUGCUUUGAUGAAUAAUUAUCUAAACUUUAUUUAAACUGUAGAAAUUGCCAAGUUUAUCUAAUAGACUGGGACACUUUGGCUUGAAAAUCUGUCUGUGCCGCAUGCAGGGGCCAUCCAACUUGUUGCACAUGCUUUUGAUGAUCUUUACUUAGAUUACCAUUUGAAUUUUUGUUGUGGAGGAAGAGAAAUUGAUAUGUAACUUACAAUAAAAUGAUAAUGUAAAAA